AUGGGUAAAUCUUCUAAAGGAAAGGGAGGUAAAAACAGAAGAAAGGGAAAGAACGACAAUGGUGGUCAAAAGAGAGAAUUGAUCCACAAAGACGAAGGUCAAGAAUAUGCCCAGAUUACCAAGAUGUUGGGUAAUGGUAGAAUCGAAGUCAGUUGUUUCGAUGGCGAAAAGAGAAUGGGUCACAUCAGAGGUAAAUUGAGAAAGAAGGUCUGGAUGGGCCAAGGUGACAUUAUCUUGGUGUCUUUGAGAGAUUUCCAGGGCGACCAGUGUGAUGUCAUCCACAAGUAUAACUCUGAUGAGGCUAGAACUUUGAAGAACAUCGGUGAGUUGCCAGAAACCGCUAAGAUCAACGAGACCGACACUUUCGGUGCCGACGACGACGAGGAGGUUAACUUUGAGUUCGGUGAUAAUGAUGAUGAGUCCGAGGACGACGGUGACUUGGAUAUCGAUGAUAUUUAA